AUGUCAUUGCUCGGCAAGUCGCUACAAAUCGCUGCAAGUCACGACAAAUCGCUACAAAUCGCUACAAAUCGCUGCAAAUCGCGGCAACAGAAAAGGCGAACUUAUCCCGCACACCCUACGGAGGAAGAGCAAACGUCUGGUACAAAUGAGUCGACCAAAAGGAACCCAGCCCACGCGUCAAGAAAAUGCUGCCUGCACACGCACGUCCAACAGAGUAAUGGAAUGAUGAAGACGACCCCCAUGCUAAGUAAACGAAGUUACUUUACAUCCCUGUACGAUACCAAAACUGAAAAAGCAAAAUUAAUGAGCGAAAUGGACGAUCUGUACGAUCACAUGUUAACGAGCAAUUGGAACGACUCAGUAUACCUCGUUUUGAACGUUUCCAUUUGGGAAGGAAUUCUACACUCCAUAGAAGAUAAGAUAAAGCCAUAUGAGAAAGAUGAAGAUAUUAUAAAAAAAAAAAAAAUAAACGAAAUAUUUGAUGUUCUGUUCAUAUUAGAAGAUUUGCGAGACCAUGUAAAUGAACUUUUGGAACAGUCAUCACGUGCAAGUGGAUUGGCAGGGACACAUAUUUUGGCUUCCUUCAAAAUAGAAAACAUGAAUGAGCACAUCGAAUUUUUGAAAACCAAGUAUGAUGAGCUCCUGUUGAAGUACCCACUUUAUAAGUACCAGAUUGAUAUGGUCCUGGGGAAGGGACUGGCUCUCCUACGGCAGAGAUACAACUUCGAGUGGAGGCACAUGCACGAUUUUUUCUUUUGA